GGAGCGGUUUCCGCUAUGGAGGGCCCGGGCUCGGGGGCUGCGGGGCGGCUGCUGACGGAGGACGAGAUGGCCGAGGUGAAGAAGGAUGCUUUGGAAAGGAUGCGUCCUUAUCUCUGUGACAAAAUUAUAGCUGAGAGACACUUUGAUUACCUACGUUCAAAGAAAAUACUCACGAGAGAGGACACAGAAGAAAUUUCUUCUCGAUCUUCCAGUAGAAAAAGAACUGGGAAGUUAUUGGACUACUUAGCAGAAAACCCAAAGGGACUAGAUGCUUUGGUUGAAUCUAUCAGACGAGAAAGAACACAAAACUUCCUGUUAGAAAAGAUAACUGACGUAGUGCUGAAAGUCAAAAAUGAAAAACUUGAAGCUCUCAAAGGUCUAAGCUGCAGCACCUGUAUGACCUCACUCUAUGGAGGAACGAAUAAUCUUUCUAGGUCACAUUCCAAUGAAUCUAAUUUUUUUGAUAAGACAAAAGACAAAGAACCUACGCAGAUACAUCAUCCAGAAGAAGAUUAUAGCACCGCUGCGUUUGUGUCUGCUGUUUCUCUUCAUUCCAUGAAUUUGCCAAUUGCGGAGAUGGGAAAUGCAGAAAGUGUUGUUUUCUCAGCCACCCUCCCAGGGCCUGGGGACCCUGGGGCACCCCCGCUCCCCCCAGAGCUCCAGUCAGAGCAGCAGGAGCAAAGUACCAGUUCAAGUGACAAUUGCUUUUUGCCUUUAAGAUCACGUUCUCUUCAACAGCAGUGAACGCAGUGUGGUACUGAAACUUAUGUCUUAUAAACGAUAAAAUAAUGUUUUCAAACUGUUAACUAGCAAAAUCAGGGGAAAUGAUCUGUGCUAUUUACUGGUUUUAACUUUUUUUUUUUUGGUAAUUGAAUGACUCUGGACAUUUUUGAUUUUAUGUUCUUUGGGGAGCUUUUCUUCAGAAGGUCAUGCAAAGGUUUGGGUUUUUAAACCAAUUUAUUUAAGAUUUCACAUUUAGUUGCAGAUAUUUAAGCCGCAGUUAUUGAACCAUUUUUUUUUUGUUCCUACACAAACUAAAAUGUUUCUGUGAUGGGUGAAUUGGGAAAGACGGUUGAGAAAAGCAUUGAGUAUUGAUAAGUAUCUUUCGGAACUAAAAGCUCAGGCUUGCUUACCGUAAAGUUUAACCUCAUUUACAAAAUUAACUUUCUCUCUAUGAUAAGUUCUGCCCUCUAUGUAGGUGUGUGCAGCUCCAUUUGCAAAAAAAAACCAAUCUUGAAUCUGGCGAAAUCUGUAGCUAUGUUUGCAAGAAAUCUCUUAGUGCCCAAACUUUGUUCUCUGUCCUUCAAGUAAGUCAAAAGGCACUCAGUAUUGCAGUGAUUUGCAUCAGCAAAUGUGCUUCCACAAGUCUUAGCAUAUUAUUCUUGUACAUUAGUUAGAGAUUUCUGAAGAUGCACUUUAAAUAUAAAUUCUCAUUAGUACUGGAAAAAGAAUGUAAACUGCUCUAACAGCAUCAUGUGGGCUGUAAGAAAAUGUUAUUGUAUAAUGCUAUUAGAUGCAAAGCUUGUAUGUUUUGUCCCCGUAGGCAGGAGUCCUGUAGCAAGAAAGUAUCCAUGCCUGAGGAACUCUUGUAAAUGUUGCACUUCAGAUACCAACUCUUCAAAGCAAAUAGACAGGUUUACAUUUCAAAUUGUCUAGAGUCAAAUGCAUUUUAAACUAUUUCAACAUGGGAAGGUUCUCAUUUCUUGACACAAUGUAACGUGCUCUGUUCCUUUCACACUCUGCUCUUGAGUUGUAAUCUACUCUUUAUGAUGUUGGCCUGUGAUCACUUUAAAGUUACUGGGCAAAGACAAACUCUUAGUUGGAAAUGUGUACAGUUGUGUUCUGCAGUACUACACUCUAAAGUGACGGGAUGUUUUCAGUAUAUCAAAGGGUAGAUUUGUAUUUAAGGCUUUAAAUUAUUUUGGCUCUCAUACAGCACUAUAGCCAUGUAAGUCCAUUCAAAUUCAAACCCAAACCCAGGUAAUAUGCCUAAACUGUGCUCACCUUCUGUGGAGACAGGCAGUCUGCAGGACCUCAGUAUAGUCUCUAAUUGUUUUUUCAUAUUUACUGUGGGUUUGGAAGUAGGUUAAAAUAAACUGCAAUGUUCAGCUACACUCUCCACUUAGUAUACGAAUAGUUUACAUUUGAUAAAGAUAUGGAUUUCUGUUUAGUCUGUAUAAAAAUCCUUGUUUUUCUUUAUACAUCUAAGGUCAUGGACUGUCAGGACAAUGAAAAUGCUUUUCAACAAAAGUUCUUGGUUUAGAAGGUACUCUGGAAGUUAAGUGCCUAAAUAUGCAAGCAAAAUUUUGCUCUCUGACAUGGAAAGGGGAGGCUUAAAUCACUCUCUUUUGUGAACUUGAACUGUAGUUGCACAUACUUGGGAUGUCUAAAAACGGAUGUGCCUGAAUGCCCACUGUAACCAAAGAGCGGUGCUUAGGUUUGGGUCUCCCUUCUUGGUUUCUUGUGAUGGAGGAGAGUGAGCAAAUUUGGCUUUAACUGGAAAAGCGCAUCAGCUCGUGCCAAAGCCAGCCCUGCGGGUCUCAAUCAAAGGCGCGAUCUGUGCUGCCUGUCCCACGGUGCAGCCCAUGGGACGCCUGCCCGAGCAGGUCAGCCUGCUAACCUGAGACUUUAAAUGAAUGUAUUCUCUUACCAAAUGUUUAUAAUGUGCAUUUUUUAAAAAAUUGAAAUAUUUUUAUCACAACUUUUGGAAUAAAUUCUUUGAUAUAA